AUGGCGGAGGCGGAGGCGGCGGAGGCGGCGGCGGCGACGGCCUCACGGCGCGCGCUGCACUUCGUGUUCAAAGUUGGCAACCGCUUCCAGACAGCGCGCUUCUACCGGGACCUGCUGGGGAUGAAGAUCCUUCAGCGUGAGGAAUUUGAGGAAGGCUGCAAGGCUUCCUGUAAUGGGCCUUAUGAUGGGAAGUGGAGUAAAACCAUGGUGGGCUACGGGCCCGAGGACAAUCACUUCGUGGCAGAGCUGACCUACAACUAUGGCAUUGGUGACUAUCACCUCGGAAACGACUUCCUGGGCCUCACACUUUUCUCCAGCCAGGCCGUCACAAACGCCAAGAAGUCUGAGUGGCCGCUCCGUGAGGUUGCUGAGGGAGUGUUUGAAACUGAAGCCCCAGGAGGCUACAAGUUCUUUUUAAAGAACCACAGUCAGCCCCCCUCAGACCCAGUGCUGAAAGUGACCUUGGCGGUCUCUGACCUGAGCACUUCCCUCCACUACUGGUCGGACCUGCUGGGGAUGAGGGUUUAUGAAAAGGAUGAGGAGCAGCAAAGGGCCCUGCUGGGCUAUGCAGACAACCAGUGCAAGCUGGAGUUGCAGGGCAUCAAGGGAGCAGUGGAUCAUGGGUCAGCCUUUGGGAGGAUUGCUUUCUCCUGUCCAAAGAAAGAGUUACCAGACAUAGAAGCAUUGAUGAAAAAGGAGAACCAGAAGAUUCUGACCCCCCUGGUCAGUCUGGACACACCUGGGAAAGCCACAGUCCAAGUGGUUAUUCUGGCGGACCCUGAUGGACACGAAAUUUGUUUUGUGGGCGAUGAAGCAUUUCGAGAACUUUCUAAGAUAGAUUCAAAUGGGGACAAAUUGUUGGAUGCCGCGAUGGCAGCAGACAGAAGUGAUGAGUGGUUUGCUAAACACAAAAUACAGAAGCCUUCUGGAUAAUGGAAGACAUCAUUGAACAAAGACUUGUGCUGUUCAUCCCGAUUCCCAUCCUGCACUAGAGCUGUGGUGAUUUCAAGGGCUCCUCUUCUUUGGGGAGCCCAGGAGCAUAGCCUAGGAUUGCCUUUUGGGGGAGGGGAAACAGCCUUAAUACAGUUUAAAUUCCAGAUCUUUAAAGUCAUCUCCUCCUUUCCUAUGCUGACCAUCUCAAUCACAGAUUCAAGCAGCCCUCCUUGUUGGUCUGAAUGUGUUACUGGUGGCACGGGCUCUGCUCACGAUUUGCUGGUACUUUAGAAAUAGUGGCUUUCCCCAAG